CCGCGAUUCUGCACCUUGCGUUUCUUUCUGCUGUGUUGGUGCGCGACACUGCUGAAGACCGCAGCUCUAUCUAACAUUCAGCCCUUUAAUGUCCUAAAACAAUGGCUGGUAUUAAAGCCCUUAUCAGUCUUUCAUUUGGUGGAGCCAUUGGCCUCAUGUUUCUGAUGCUUGGCUGUGCCCUGCCUGUCUACAAUGAAUACUGGCCUCUCUUUCUGCUCUUUUUCUACAUCCUGUCUCCUAUCCCUUACUGCGUCUCUCGACGGGUGGUGGACGACACUGACUCGACUAGUAAUGCCUGCAAAGAGCUGGCCAUUUUCCUCACCACUGGGAUCGUGGUGUCAGCCUUUGGGCUCCCUGUCAUAUUUGCACGUGCUGAUGUGAUCCAGUGGGGGGCAUGUGCUCUCGUUCUGACGGGAAACAUCGUUAUCUUCGGCACUAUCCUGGGCUUCUUCCUCGUCUUUGGCUCCAACGACGACUUCAGCUGGCAGCAGUGGUAAAACGGAUCUGCGGAGAGAUGGCUGUUUUUAUUACAUACUGUACAUUCUGAUUAUGACUCUUGUUGUUGUUAUUGUUUUUAUUACAUUUUAUUAUUUAUAGUGACUGCCCAUUUAUAUUGACAAGAAAUCAGUGCAAUAAUUUCUUGCUGGGAUCAGUCUGACCUCAGAACGUUGUCCUGUUUUUAUUUAUUUGUUCAUUUGUUUAUUGGUUUGGCGGCUUGUGCAUGUGCUUUCCCACGGCUACUCGCAGCUCAUCAGCAGCGUAGCAUCCGCUGUCAUCAGGAAACUCUUCAGAAGUGAGCCUUCCCUCCGGCAGCUCACGUCCUGAAAGAUUCCUGUUGAAACAUUACUCCACUAGCACCCAAAGAGCAGGAGAAGGAGGCGCGGGAGGGCCGUGUCUCUGACCCCGCGCGCCCCGAGCCCACUGGCCCUGCAGCCUCUGUAACGUUAGCUUUGGCCAGACGCUAGAGUGAACGGCCUCUUUUUAAAGGAUAAUGUAUGAUGCAAUGUUUGCUGUCUUCUUGGCUAUGGGUAUAGUGCUGUCGCAUUGAACUCGAAUGUACUCUGGGCUGCCACCUUCACACCACAAAGUGACUGCAAUGCUUUUCCAUGGCACAGGCAGCUCUACUGGCCGCGUGUCCUGCCGCCAGUGCUGAGCUUUGAACAGGGCCUCGGGAAAUUCCCUUAAUCCCCGCUGAUGUAGUGCAACCUUGAAACGUAAGUGUUAUGGGUUUAGUGGUGACGUGUUUGUACCACCGUGCUCUCCACCUAGUGUGGAUGGGAGACCACGUCCCUCCCUAAAGGUCUCCUGCUGUAGUUUAAUGUCAUUGUCCUGAACUGAAGGUGAAAUGUCACAAUCUCAGUUUUACACUGUAUAAGCAGAAGCACUGACAAUAUGGUUACAUUGUUUUGUAUGUUAUUCAUUUUAAUGUUUUUAUUCGUUCCUACCUUAGUUAUUUACCUGGAGUGUAGCAUUUGUGUAGUGUACAACAGGAUCGAUUGUACAUGGAUAAAUUAUUUAAUAUAUUUAUCAUACAGUUGUAAAAAGACAGACCAUGUGCAAGCAAGUCAAGCACGAUAUCCCAGUGCCAGAUUUCUAAUAUCCAGCUAACACAAAACAGUGAAUUAACGUUCACGUACAGCUAGGCUACAGUUGUAAUUCUCCUUGACUUGUAUGUUGUAUGAUUGCAUAAUGCUAGCCCCUACUUGUCUUGGUUUUGAUAGAGGUAGCAUUGGUUAGUUGAGUGGAAGUGUAUUGAAAGGGUCAGGCCAGGCAGAGAAGGAAUCCAGAAGCGAUUCAAAAGGUGUCUGAGAAGAGCGGAGUGUUUCAGAGUCGUUUGAACGGAAUCGGGAUUGUCGAGAGUCGGCCGUUCGAAUCAAAUCAAGUUCCAAAGGGCCACAGAAGUGUUGUUCUUUAACUAGAAGCUGUGUGACAGUAUGUAAUCUGGUUCUUUCUUUCUACUGUUUUUUGCUCUCUCUCUCUCUCUCUCCCUCUCUCUCUCUCUUUCUUUCUUUCCAUUUUUAAUAAAUACAAUUUUUGAA